GUCCGCCGCUCCCCCCAUGGCGGCCGGAUCCUGCACUCCACCUGGCUCCCUGGACGCCGCCCGGCCCGGCUUCCCCAAGGAGAUCCUGCGGGCCGAGCUGGAGGGCAAGUACCUGUGCUCCGAGUGCGAGGACCUGCUCCGGCGUCCCUUCCAGGCGCAGUGUGGCCACCGCUACUGCUCUUACUGCCUGAAGAACCUGAUUAGCUCGGGGCCGCAGCCCUGUGCCGCCUGCCUCCGAGAAGGGCUGUACGAAGAGGGUGUCUCCGUCUUGGACAGCGGCUCGGCUUUCCCAGAUAAUGCCGCCCGGCGCGAGGUGGAAAGUCUCCCAGCCGCCUGCACCCGCAAGGACUGUCCCUGGAAAGGCACCAUCAAGGAAUACGAGGCUCACGACGAGGUGUGUCCCAAAUUCCCGUUGACCUGCGACGGCUGCGGGAAGACGGACGUCCCGCGGGAGAUGUUCGCCGAGCACGUCCGGAGCUGUGGGAAGUGUCGGGUGCCGUGCCGCUUCCGGCCCGUCGGCUGCGGCGAGGUGGUGGAGAACCAGGGACUGCCCCUCCACGAGGCCCAGAACUUGCCGGAGCACCUCGGCCUGCUGCUGUCCUUCGCUCUGCGGCUGGCGACAGGGGGCACACGUCCCGACACCGGGGACGCCCAUGAGCUUGGAGUCCCCCAUCCGGCCGAAGACCCCCAUUUGGUCGGGGCCCCCCAUCCGGCCAAAGACCCCCAUUUGCCUGGGUUCCCCCACCCGCUCACGGACCCCCCUCUCCCCCGUCCAGCGGGCAGCCCCCCCAGUUGGGGGGCCCUGGCGGGUCCCCCGUGGGAAGCCCUGGAGAGGAAGGCCUCCACCUUUGAGAAGAUCGUCUGCGUCCUCAACCGCGAGGUGGAGCGGGUUGCGGCGGCGGCCGAAGAGGCGGCUCUCCACCGGCGCCGGGAGCAGGAGCGCGCCGAGGCCCUGGCCCACAAGAUCCGUCAGCUGGAGAGGAGCCUGGCGCUGAAGGAGACAGCCCUGGCGGAAGUGGAGGCGGCCCUGCGCUGCGCCGAAGCCGCCACCUACGACGGCGUCUUUGUGUGGAAGGUGGGCGACGUGGGCCGGAAGAGGCAGGAGGCCAUGGCUGGGAGGGCGCCCGCCAUUUUCUCGCCAGCCUUCUACACCAGCCGCUACGGUUACAAGAUGUGCCUCCGUCUCUACCUCAAUGGUGACGGCACCGGGCGCGGGACCCAUCUCUCGCUCUUCUUCGUCCUCAUGAAAGGGCCCAGUGACGCUCUCCUGAAGUGGCCCUUCAACCAGAAGGUCACCCUCAUGCUCUUGGACCAAGACCACCGGGAGCACGUGAUCGACGCCUUCCGCCCGGAUGUCACCUCCUCCUCCUUCCAGCGUCCGACGGGCGACAUGAACGUGGCCAGCGGCUGCCCGCUCUUCUGCCCCCUGGCCAAGAUGGCCGCCAAGGACUCCUACGUCCGCGACGACACCCUCUUCAUCAAGGCCAUCGUUGACCUGGCCGGACUCUGACGCGGGCGGGACACUGUGCGGGAGGUCCAGCUACUGCACUCUCAGUCCCGCUUCCGGCUACGCCACUUCCGGUCCCGGCAACGAGAACUUCCGGAAAGGGUGGCAAUGGGCGCUGAGUUCGAGGGACGUCCCCAGGCAUGGAAAGGGGCGCCGCAACUCGCACCCUCUUCCCUGCUGGAGGAAGUGGACGCUUCGGAAAUGGGGGGGGGCA